AUGUGGAGUCACAGCGUUCCGCGGCUCCGCGUCCACAAUGGAGUCAUCUCCGUCAUCUCCCGACAGAUUCGCCUGCCCGAAUGCUACGAGCUGCUCACGGGCGACUUGAAUUUCUAUUCCCCGUCGAAUGACCCGGCGGCAAUGGAGAAGUUGGAUGAAACAGGCACUGAUCACUUCACAGCGGGUCCUUGGGGCGGAGAAGUCAUAGGAAUUUGCCAGCUAUUCCUGCGGGAAGAAGGGAUUGAACUAUAG